ACCCGGCCGGCCCCAAUCACAAAUCCGGUUAGAGCGCCGCCCCGCCCCGCCCGGCGACGAAACUCCGCUUCGGCGCCGCCACAGCACCGAGCCGAGAGGAAGGCGAGGAGGGAAGGAAGUAUGACGACUAUCCGCCGGUUCUGCUGCGACGAUCUCCUCCGCUUCGCCUCCGUCAACCUCGACCACCUCACUGAGACGUUCAACAUGUCGUUCUACAUGACGUACCUGGCUCGCUGGCCCGACUACUUCCACGCCACCGUCAGCCCCGGCGGCCGCGUCAUGGGAUACAUCAUGGGUAAAGUCGAAGGACAAGGUGAAUCUUGGCAUGGACACGUUACAGCUGUGUCUGUUGCCUCAGAAUUUCGGAGGCAGAAGUUAGCCAAGAAGCUUAUGAACUUGCUGGAGGAAAUCAGCGAUAAGAUGGAUAAGGCUUACUUUGUGGAUCUUUUUGUAAGAGCAUCUAAUAUGCCUGCAAUAAGGAUGUAUGAAAAGCUUGGUUAUGUGGUUUAUCGGAGAGUGCUUCGGUACUACUCAGGGGAAGAAGAUGGCCUUGAUAUGAGAAAAGCAUUAUCACAAGACGUGGAAAAGAAGUCCAUAAUACCACUCAAGAGACCAAUUACACCUGAUGAGCUUGAAUAUGAUUGAUGCUAUAUUUCUAGUUACUGCUGUGGUUGUAUUGUUCUUUUAACAAGCUUCGGUGUGGGGUUGAAUAUGAUUGAUGCUAUAUUUCUAGUUACUGCUGUGGUUGUAUUGUUCUUUUAACAAGCUUUGGUGUGGGGUUUAACAAGCUUUGGUUUUCUAGCAUCGUCGAGUAGAGAAGGGUUGUAUUGUUCGUUUUCACUCUCCUGUUAAGACUCCAUGGUUUUGCUGUGUUUGAGAAUAGUGAGAGCCGAGAACUA